CAAUAGUCUGCAUGUUCUCCCGCGAGGAUUUCGAUACUGCUUGUCAAUCUUACGUGUCAGCCCGACCGACUGACCGAGGGAUCUGCGGUUGGCAAUGGAAUGCUUAUUCAAGUCCUUACCAAACUUCGGUCGGCUACCUUGCCCGAACAACUACAGAAUUCGCCUUGCACGACCCCUCCGAGCCAUUCGCGACUGCUGAAAUGGAGGCUAUAUCUGUUGGAGAUGCCCCUGUCACGGAGUCCUGGGAUGAAGUAGUGGCUGAGUUGGAGGAUGAAGCUGCGGCACCUCGGUCGACCACUAAAGAGCCUUUAAACUGCCAACAAUAUGUUGUGUACACUCCCGGAUUCCAAGUCCCCGCUUUUUACUUCUCUCUGCACGACGCUCGCGGCAGCCCUCUCCGCGUCGACGACUUGAUUCGCACGUCUCUAUUCCGACCAUCUGCAUUCGACGCGACUACACGCAACUCCUUCGCCAUUACACCGUCGGCGUCAGCCUUCCCCCUACUCUCCCAAGGAGACCAUCCCGUCCUUGGUACGCCAUGUUGGUACAUUCAUCCAUGCGAAACGGCCACUGCACUCAGCGAGAUCAUGUCGGAGAUGCAAUAUGAUGAUGGAGGCUCGCGUGAGCGACGCCUCAAGCGGACCCUUGAGGCUUGGUUCAUGUUGUUGAGUAGCAUCGUAAACUUACAGCAUCGUACGGAGAUUUUGUAAACCUAUGCCAUCGUCCCCAACGAGAAUCAUGUGCGAUUGCC